UCUCUCAACAUAAUAGGGGUAGAAGGGUGAGGUGGGUGGCGGCACCGCGGCACGUAAUUGAAUCCCGCUAUCUGAGUGGCUCCCGCCCCACGCAGCAGUUACGUUAGAUUAGGGUUUAUUUGUUUGUCAAUUGAACUUUGAAGGCGUCAUGGGUUCUGUGAAGAGGAAGUCUGCAGAACAAGAACAGCUGGAAAUUCCUCCUUCUCAGAAGCAGAAGCAGCAAACCUCAAACGACGAUUCCGUCGUCGAAGAGGGGUGCGGCUGCGUCCACCACGUGUCCUAUCCGGAAGGUUAUGUUCCCAAUCCCAGUGGCAGCAGCAACCCAAAGUCGUCGGAGCCAGCUAAGAAGUUCCCGUUCCCUCUCGACCCCUUCCAGUCCCAAGCCAUUGCUUGCCUCGAAAACAAUGAAUCCGUCAUGGUAUCUGCUCAUACAUCUGCCGGGAAAACAGUGGUGGCCUCAUACGCCAUUGCCAUGUCUCUGCGCAACGGACAGCGCGUUAUCUACACUUCCCCUAUCAAGGCCCUUAGCAAUCAGAAGUACAGGGACUUCAAAGAAGAGUUCUCCGAUGUCGGCCUUAUGACCGGUGAUGUCACCAUCGAUCCCAAUGCUUCCUGCUUGGUCAUGACCACCGAAAUAUGGCGCAGCAUGCAGUACAAGGGCUCUGAGGUCACCAGGGAAGUUGCCUGGAUCAUAUUCGAUGAGGUCCACUACAUGCGCGAUCGCGAAAGGGGUGUCGUUUGGGAAGAGAGCAUUGUUAUGUCCCCCAAGAACGCUCGUUUUGUAUUCCUAUCUGCCACCGUGCCCAAUGCAAAGGAAUUUGCUGAUUGGGUGGCAAAGGUGCAUCAACAGCCUUGUCAUAUUGUUUAUACUGAUUACCGACCAACUCCACUCCAGCAUUAUAUUUUUCCCGCGGGAGGUGAUGGCCUAUAUUUGGUUGUAGACGAAAAGGGGAAAUUCCGCGAAGACAGCUUCCAGAAAUCACUGAAUGCUCUUGUUCCUCCUAAUGAGGGUGAUAAGAGAAAAGAAAACGGCAAGUGGCAAAAGGGUUUGGUGCUGGGAAGACUGGGUGAAGAAAGUGACAUAUUCAAGAUGGUGAAAAUGAUCAUUCAGCGUCAGUACGAUCCUGUGAUACUGUUUAGCUUUAGCAAGAGGGAGUGUGAAUUUCUUGCGAUGCAGAUGGCAAAAAUGGAUCUUAAUGGAGUUGAGGAGAAGGACAGCAUAGAAAAAAUAUUUUGGAGUGCCAUGGAUAUGCUUUCAGACGAUGAUAAGAAAUUACCGCAGGUUUCAAACAUGCUACCGUUGCUGAAACGAGGAAUAGGAGUGCAUCAUUCUGGCUUACUUCCAAUUCUAAAGGAAGUGAUCGAGAUUUUAUUUCAAGAAGGACUAAUAAAGUGUUUGUUUGCAACAGAAACCUUCAGCAUUGGUUUGAACAUGCCUGCAAAAACUGUUGUUUUUACCAAUGUCCGAAAAUUUGACGGGGAUAAGUUUAGGUGGUUGUCUAGUGGAGAAUAUAUUCAGAUGAGUGGCCGAGCUGGUCGACGAGGUAUUGAUGAACGUGGAAUAUGUAUCCUCAUGGUUGAUGAGAAAAUGGAACCUUCAACUGCUAAAAUGAUGGUUAAAGGGGCAGCUGAUAGUUUGAACAGUGCCUUUCAUUUGAGCUAUAACAUGAUUUUGAAUCAAAUGCGCUGUGAAGAUGGUGAUCCAGAAAAUUUGCUCCGAAAUUCCUUUUAUCAGUUCCAAGCUGAUCGUGCCAUUCCUGGUCUUGAGAAACAAAUAAAGAUUCUUGAGGAAGAGAGGGAAUCAAUUGUUAUUGAGGAGGAAAAUAGUUUAAAGGAUUAUUACGAUCUGCUGGAUCAGCACAGAAGCUUGAAUAAGGAGGUUCAUGACAUUGUAAUAUCUCCAAGGCACUGCUUACCAUUUUUACAGCCUGGGAGGCUUGUUUCACUUCAUUGUACUUCAUGUGAUGAAGAUCAUCACCCAAUUUUUUCGGAGGACAGGUUGACUUGGGGAUUGGUGAUUAAUUUUGAAAGAGUUAAAAGUAAUGCUGAAGAUGAUGCAACCAUAAAGGCAGAAGAUGCGUCUUACAUGGUUGAUGUUCUUACAAGAUGUGUGGUUACAAAAGAUAAGAUUGGCAAAAAGUCUGUUAGGAUUGUUCCUCUUAAAGAACUUGGACAACCUCUGGUGGUUUCAGUUCCUAUCUCUCAGAUUAAUACGAUAACCAGUCUUCGUCUAUAUAUACCAAAGGAUCUUUUGCCAUUGGAAGCUCGAGAAAACACACUAAAGAAAGUGUUGGAAACUCUUUCCAGAUUUGGUGAGAAAGGUUUGCCUCUUCUAGAUCCGGAAGAAGACUUGAAGAUCCAGAGUAGCUCGUACAAAAAGUUAUCCCGUAGGAUAGAGGCUUUGGAGAGACUAUUUGAAAAGCAUGAAAUUGCAAAGUCACCACUUAUAAAGCAGAAGUUAAAAAUGUUGCACAGGAAGCAAGAAUUGACCGCAAAGAUAAAGUCCAUUAAAAAAACAUUAAGAUCUUCUAGUGCUUUGGCCUUCAAGGAUGAACUUAAGGCAAGGAAGAGGGUUCUUCGCAGGCUAGGAUAUGCUACAGGUGAUAAUGUGGUCGAAUUGAAAGGAAAGGUUGCCUGUGAAAUUAGUAGUGCAGAUGAAUUAACCUUAACCGAGCUCAUGUUCAAUGGUGUCUUAAAGGACAUAAAGGUGGAGGAGAUGAUUUCUCUCCUGUCAUGUUUUGUCUGGCAGGAAAAAAUUCAAGAUGCUGCCAAACCCCGGGAAGAACUUGAUCUGCUUUUUGUACAAUUGCAAGACACUGCUCGGAGAGUUGCCCAACUUCAGCUCGAGUGCAAGGUGCAAAUUGAUGUUGAGAGUUUUGUGAAGUCAUUUAGGCCGGAUAUUAUGGAGGCUGUGUAUGCUUGGGCAAAAGGUUCAAAGUUCUUUGAGAUCAUGGAAAUUACACAGGUUUUUGAGGGUAGCUUGAUUAGGGCAAUUAGACGGCUUGAGGAAGUUCUUCAGCAACUAAUAGAAGCAGCAAAGUCCAUUGGGGAAACUCAAUUAGAGGAAAAGUUUGAAGAAGCUGUUUCCAAAAUCAAGAGGGAUAUUGUGUUUGCAGCAUCCCUGUAUCUGUAAUUUCCAACAUCCCUUCUAGAAACUGUGUUAUCUACCUAGAUUUAGUUUUAGAUCAUGAGAACGCAUAGGUAAUCAUUGGAGUAGAAGGGAAUGUGAAGCACCGUGUGGAGGACAGUACAAUAUCCCGUGACCCGUGGCAUUCAACCUUGCUUCUCCCCCUUCAGUUUUGACUUUUGACGCACUGAUACCUACAAACCAUUGUAACUUGUAGAAAAUAAAUGCUGUAUUUUAUUUACUAUUAAAAUAUUCAUUUACAAAAUACUUUUAUUGUUUAUUUCAUUUUUUCUUUAUUAUAGCUUCCAAAGUCAACUGGCACUCGAAUCAUAUCAUGAUGGGGGACAGUUAUGAGUUAAUGUGGACAGUAUUUUGUUUAUUAAAAAAAUGGGGUUAGUAUUUUAUAAUUUUGUCAUUUGAACACAAAAGUAUCAAUUCGAGA